AUGACGUACAUUGUUUUAUAUAACUGUAUCAUUGAGCCCAUUGACCAGUUAUUUAUGGAGGACUUUGGGAAGACUCCUCAGGAGAUGUUCAAGGAGUUUGAUCCAGAGGCCAUUGCAGCAGCCAGUCUUGCUCAGGUCCAUAAAGCAGUCACACAUGAGGGCGACACAGUGGCAGUUAAGGUUCAGUAUAUAGACCUAAGAGACAGGUUUGCAGGAGAUAUCAGGACUUGUGAGAUUUUAUUGGAUAUAGUAGGAUGGAUGCAUCCCAAAUUUGCCUUCAAGUGGGUUUUGCAGGACUUAAAAGGUACACUUGCCAAAGAACUGGACUUUGAAAAUGAGGGAUGGAACAGUGAGAGAUGUGCUCAAGACUUGCGUCACCUUCACUAUAUCUAUGUACCCAAAGUUGAUUGGGAUAAAACAACUAAGAGAGUUUUAACCACAGAGUUCAUUGAUGGCUGUAAAAUAAGUAAUAUGCAAGCAAUAAAGGAUAUGAACAUCUCACUAAAAGAUGUCGACUACAAGCUAGUGCAGUGUUUUGCUGAUCAAAUCUUCCUCUCUGGUUUUGUACAUGCGGACCCACAUCCAGGAAACAUAUUUAUAAGGAAGGGUCGUGAUGGCAAGGCAGAGCUGGUACUGUUGGACCAUGGACUAUAUGAGUAUCUGCAUCCUAAGGACAGGGUAGCUCUCAGUCACCUCUACAAGGCUAUAGUGCUCAAAGAUGAAGAAAACAUGAAGUAUUACUCUGAGCAACUUUCAGUUAAAGAGUAUUACUGGUUUGCCUGUAUGCUGGUACAGAGACUGGUGCCUCUGCCAAGCAAGUUAAAGCUGAGGGUGACCCACUAUACCAGGAAAGAGUGGAAACAACUGCCAGAAGAGGAGAAAGAGAGACUGCGAGCCAUUGCCAAGGGCGUACAUGAUGACAUUUUGCAGAUAUUCCAUGACAUGCCUCACUCUUUGUGGUUUAUAUUUCGAAACUUGAACACCAUCCGAGCUAUCAACCGUAUCCAUGGACACCCUGUGGACAGAUAUACUAUCAUGGCUAGGAGGUAA